GCGAUGCUGAUAGGGCAGAAUCCAACCUCCAUUGGCCAGGCGAUCCUGACAGGGCCGAAUUCAACCUCUAUUGCUCCAGCUGGAAGCUGGGGAGGCUCGUGGGGUUGUCUGUGUUCGCCCCUCCCAGCUGCAUUUCCUCUCACAGACCCCGCCUGCCUCCGGGGCAGAGAGAGAGAGGAGCGAGGCUCCUGGAUCCCAGCGGAGCACAGCCGGCCGCCACCACGCCCUGGCCUCAGCAGACGAAGGAUGACUUCACCAUCCAGCCCUCCAGCUUUCAGACUGGAGACAUCGGAUGGAGAUCAAGAAGAUGGCACUGAGGCGGUCAAAGGAAAGCCUGGGCCGCCCCCAAUGGAGUCGCCAUUCCAGGGUGAAGACCGCAACUUCUCCCCUCAGAUCAAAGUGAAUCUCAAUUACCGAAAGGGACUAAAAGCCAGACAGCAGGACCCCAAUCGCUUUGACCGUGAUCGGCUUUUCAGCAUAGUUUCCCGAGGUGCCUCUGAGGAUCUGGCUGGACUACUUGAAUACCUACGCCGGACCAGCAAGUAUCUCACUGACUCGGAAUAUACAGAGGGCUCCACAGGGAAGACAUGCUUGAUGAAGGCUAUGUUGAACCUUCAGGACGGGGUUAACGCCUGCAUCCUGCCACUGCUUCAGAUUGACCGGGACUCUGGCAAUCCCCAGCCUCUGGUCAAUGCCCAGUGUACAGAUGAGUACUACCGAGGCCACAGUGCCCUGCACAUUGCAAUUGAGAAGCGAAGCCUGCAGUGUGUGAAGCUCCUGGUAGAGAAUGGGGCUAACGUGCAUGCCCGGGCCUGUGGCCAUUUCUUCCAGAAACACCAAGGCACUUGCUUCUAUUUUGGUGAGCUGCCUCUCUCUCUGGCUGCCUGCACCAAACAAUGGGAUGUGGUGACGUACCUCUUGGAGAAUCCAUAUCAGCCAGCUAGCCUGCAGGCAGCUGACUCCCUGGGCAACACAGCCCUGCAUGCUCUGGUGAUGAUCGCAGACAAUUCGCCUGAGAACAGUGCCCUGGUGAUCCGCAUGUACGACGGGCUUCUCCAACUGGGGGCCCGCCUGUGCCCCACGGUGCAGCUUGAGGACAUCCACAACCUGCAGGGCCUCACACCCCUAAAGCUGGCUGCCAAGGAGGGCAAAAUUGAGAUUUUCAGGCAUAUCCUGCAACGGGAGUUUUCAGGACUCUGCCAGCCCCUGUCCCGGAAGUUCACUGAGUGGUGCUAUGGACCUGUGCGGGUGUCGCUGUAUGACCUGGCCUCUGUGGACAGCUGGGAAGAAAACUCAGUGCUGGAGAUCAUUGCCUUUCAUUGUAGGAGUCCGCACCGACACCGUAUGGUGGUUUUGGAGCCACUGAACAAAUUGUUGCAGGCCAAAUGGGAUCUGCUCAUCCCCAGGUUCUUCCUCAACUUCCUGUGUUAUCUUGUCUACAUGCUUAUCUUCACCAUCGUUGCCUACCACCAGCCUGCCCUGGAUAAGGUGAGAGCUCGGAAGAGGAGAGCACAUUUUACCUCCCUCUGUCCUCCUCCUCCACAGACGUGGUACUUCUGGCGCCGCCGCCUGUUCAUCUGGAUCUCGUUCAUGGACAGCUACUUUGAAAUCCUCUUCCUGGUCCAGGCCCUGCUCACCGUGCUGUCGCAGGUUCUGUGUUUCGUGAACAAUGAGUGGUACCUGCCCCUGCUUGUGUCCUCCCUGGUGCUGGGCUGGCUGAACCUCCUUUACUAUACACGAGGCUUCCAGCACACAGGCAUCUACAGUGUCAUGAUCCAGAAGGUCAUUCUCCGGGAUUUGCUCCGUUUCCUGUUGGUCUACUUAGUUUUCCUUUUCGGCUUUGCUGUAGCCCUGGUGAGCCUGAGCCGGGAGGCCCAGAUCACGGGAGUCCCUACAGGUGACAAUGCCACAGAGGCGGCCCAGCUCAGCGCAGGACAAGAGAAGGAGGAAACCCCGUACAGGGGUAUCCUGGAUGCCUCACUGGAGCUCUUCAAGUUCACCAUCGGCAUGGGCGAGCUGGCCUUCCAGGAGCAGCUGCGCUUCCGUGGGGUGGUGCUGCUGCUGCUGCUGGCUUACGUGCUUCUCACCUACGUGCUGCUGCUCAACAUGCUCAUUGCUCUCAUGAGCGAGACUGUCAACAGCGUGGCCACAGACAGCUGGAGCAUCUGGAAGCUGCAGAAAGCCAUUUCUGUCUUGGAGAUGGAGAAUGGCUAUUGGUGGUGCAGGAGGAAGAAGCAGCGGGCAGGUGUGAUGCUGACGGUUGGUACCCGGCCUGAUGGUAGCCCAGACCAGCGCUGGUGCUUCAGGGUGGAGGAAGUGAACUGGGCUUCGUGGGAGCAAACACUGGCCACCGUGUGUGAAGAGCCAUCAGGGGCAGGCAUCUCUGGUUCUUCGAAGAACCCCAUCUCAUCCUCUCAGCCUGUGGAGGAUCAGGAUCGUGACUCAGAGAAAGAUCAUCUGCCCCUCCAAGUACUCCAGUCCCACUGAUGAACCAGAUGUAGUAGAAAGCCAGCAGUGUAGAACGGACAAUCUUCCUAGUUAUACUUGCCAGCUCCCGGGCUCCUGAAUUUUGGUUGUAAAUAUAAAUAUAUAU